CGUUAUCGUUAUUCAAAUCUCUUUAUCUUCCCUUGUCGUUUCUUGUAAAUCGCUGGUCAAUCACUCUUCCUCCUUCUUCCUCUACAACUCUGCAAUCCAAUCUCAUUCCCUUGCAAUGCCUUCUUCCUGCAUUGCUCCUUCUGCUCAGUCCGUCUUCUAUCCCAUUCCCUUCACUUCUUCCUCCGCAUUUCCCUCUUCUCACAGACUGAAAUCUCGAAUUCUAACCAAAACUGUGCCUUCUUCUCUGAGAUCACCUAGUAGAGUAGGACUAAUGGUAAGAGCCGCUGUCUCCAUCGAGAAGGAGACGCCUGAAUCUGAACGUCCAGAAACUUUUCUCAGAAAAUCUGACGGUCAUGAUCACUCCGCUUCUUCCUCUUCUUCUGUCAGGGCUCGCUUUGAGAAGAUGAUAAGGGAGGUUCAGGACAGCGUGUGCAGUGCACUUGAAGCUGUCGAUGGUGGAGCCAAAUUUAAGGAGGAUGUUUGGUCUCGGCCCGGUGGCGGCGGCGGAAUCAGUAGGGUUCUUCAAGAUGGAGCCGUUUUUGAGAAGGCUGGGGUUAAUGUGUCUGUUGUUUAUGGUAUGAUGCCGCCUGAGGCUUAUCGUGCUGCCAAAGCUGCUCCAGCUGAUCAGAAACCUGGUCCGGUUCCUUUUUUCGCGGCUGGAAUCAGCUCGGUUUUACACCCGAAGAACCCAUUUGCCCCAACAUUGCAUUUCAAUUAUCGGUAUUUUGAAACCGAUGCUCCCAAAGAUGCUCCUGGAGCACCAAGACAAUGGUGGUUUGGUGGUGGAACUGACUUGACUCCUUCUUAUAUUUUUGAGGAGGAUGUCAAGCAUUUCCAUUCGAUUCAAAAACGUGCUUGUGACAAGUUUGAUCCUACUUUCUAUCCCCGAUUCAAGAAAUGGUGUGAUGAUUACUUUUAUAUCAAGCAUCGGAACGAGAGGAGAGGGCUUGGAGGAAUAUUUUUUGAUGAUCUGAAUAACUAUGAUCAGGAGAUGCUACUCUCCUUUGCCACUGAAUGUGCCAAUUCUGUCAUUCCUGCUUAUGUACCCAUAGUAGAGAAAAGGAAGGAUACGGCUUUUACAGAUGAGCAAAAAGCAUGGCAACAAUUGCGAAGGGGACGUUAUGUUGAAUUCAAUUUGGUUUACGAUCGGGGUACAACAUUUGGACUAAAAACAGGAGGGAGAAUAGAGAGUAUUCUUGUUUCUCUUCCACUAACUGCUCGUUGGGAAUAUGAUCAUAAACCUGAGGAAGGAAGCGAGGAAUGGAAGCUUUUAGAUGCUUGCAUCAACCCAAAGGAAUGGAUCUAAUUUUUUAGCUGCCCCCUAGCUUCCCUUUGCUUUUUAUGUUUCAACUAUACGAGAGCGUGUUCCACUUCUGAUAUUUUUUGGUGUAUCGUAUUGUAUAGUUGAUUAUGUUAUGAACUUAUGAUAGCUGAGAAGGCUAUAUCUAGAGAGUGAUACCCUGAGAAGAUAAAUAAAAUAAUCAUCUAAGCUACCAUUUAGUGCCA